AUGACCAAGUUGUUCUCCCCCAUCCAGGUCGGCCGCAUGCCCCUGGCCCACCGUCUCGCCAUGGCUCCCAUGACUCGUUUCCGUGUCGACGACAACCACGUCCCCCUUGACCUUGUGACGCAGUACUACGAGCAGCGUGCUGCUGUCCCCGGAACCCUCUUGAUCACGGAAGCCACCAUCAUUGCGCCCCCUGCUGGCGGAUUUCCCAAUGUUCCCGGCAUCUGGAACGAUGCGCAGAUUGCGCAGUGGCGCAAGGUGACCGACGCCGUCCACAAGAAGGGCUCGUACAUCUACAUGCAGCUCUGGGCCCUGGGUCGCGUCGCCAACCCGCAAUUCCUGAAGGCUAACGGCAACUAUGACGUCGUGUCUAGUAGUCCUGUUGCUCUCGACGAUGGCCCUGUCCCCCGCGAAUUGACCGAAUCGGAGAUCCACCAAUACAUCGCCGACUAUGCGCAGGCAGCGAAGAACGCCAUUGCGGCUGGAUUUGAUGGUGUUGAGAUCCACGGUGCCAACGGGUACUUGAUUGAUCAGUUCACACAGGACACUGUUAACAAGCGUACCGAUGCCUGGGGUGGAAGCGUUGAGAAGCGUUCCAGAUUCGCUCUUGAGGUUAUCCGUGCUGUGUCUGAUGCUAUUGGCGCGGACCGCACUGCUAUCCGCUACAGCCCUUUCAGUACUUUCCAGGGUAUGCGCAUGGAUGACCGCUUUGCUCAGUUCACUUACCUGGCUGAGAAGACCGCCGAGUUCAAGCUGGCCUUCGUGCAUCUUGUCGAGCCACGCAUCGCCGGAAAUGCUGAUAUGGGGACGGUUCCAGAGGAAGAUUCCCUGGACUUCUUCGUCAAGGCGUACCGCGACGCUAGCCCUCUCGUUGUUGCCGGUGGCUACAAGGCUGACUCGGCCAAGGAGGCGGUUGAUGUGCAGUACAAAGACCACGAGAUCCUUGUUGGAAUUGGCCGCCCCUGGACGGCCAACCCUGACCUGCCGUUCAUGAUUCAGAACAACGUUCCUCUCCGCCCCUACCAGAGAGAGGUCUUCUACUUGCCCAAGGACCCCAAGGGUUACAUUGAUUAUGACUUCAGUGAAGAGUUCAAGGCCGUCAAGGUUGCUGCUUGA